AUGGCGAUUAAGAAGGUGCCGAGACUCCCUCACCGCAGAGGCUCCCAAUCCUCCGAAGAUGACUUCUUCGAUAUCCCUGACGAACCAUGCCUGGCAAUCGCCAAGCGGCAACUGCGACGCAUUCGGGUAUGGGUGGUUUUCGCCUUCCUCGUCCUUUUUAUUUUAUGGCUCCGACGGGAACGUCCCCAACCUCCGGCACUGCCUCACAUAAAUUACGAUUUGGUGGACUGGUCCCGUUAUGCCUACAGCCAGUAUGCGACCUCUAGCGCCUAUCUGUGCAACGCCCUCAUGGUAUUCGAAGCCCUGCAACGGCUAGGAAGUCGGGCACAACGGGUAUUAUUCUUCCCUGAAGAUUGGGAUGUCAGUGUCGAAAGCGAGCGCGAUAGGGAUAGCCAGUUGUUGGCGAUGGCAAGAGAUAAAUACAAUGUGAUGCUGAUUCCCAUCAGCUUGGAGACCAUCAAACCGGGGGCAGGAUCCGGCGAGUCAUGGGAUAAGAGUAUCUCUAAAUUACUUGCCUUCGGCGAGAGCGAGUACGAUCGGAUAAUUCACCUCGACUCCGACGCCAACGUUCUGCAGAACAUGGAUGAGCUAUUUUUCCUUCCUCCGACCAAGGUUGCGAUGCCACGGGCGUAUUGGGAGCUUCCGGAUACCAAACAACUGUCAUCUCUGCUGAUUGUAAUCGAACCGUCCUACAAUGAAUAUAAUGCUCUGAUGGAGGCGGCGCUUCCGGCUAUAUACGGACAAAAAACGGUCAAUGCAUCAUCGACACAUCGAUACGAUAUGGAGUUAUUGAACGAACGUUAUGCCGAUUCCGCCACCGUGCUUCCACAUCGCCAGUAUGGCUUAGUGAGUGGCGAAUUCCGCAUUGAGGAUCACAGAAAUUUCCUGGGAAAUGACUAUGAGGUCUGGGAUCCGGAUAAAGCGCUAGCAGAAGCCAAACUUGUGCAUUUCUCAGAUUGGCCUUUGCCUAAACCGUGGGUUCUGUGGCCGCAGAAGUUGCUGGCUGAAAUGUUGCCCAAGUGUAAACACAACCCCGGCACACCCCAAGAAAGUGGGUGCCGUGAUCGAGAGGUGUGGAAGAGUAUCUAUCAUGACUUCCGGCGGCGGCGAAAGGACGUCUGCAAACUUCUGAGUUAUCCGGCCCCUGAUUGGCCUCCAACAGAGCAUUCUGAGUCUUCCGGCUCAAAUGAAUCUUCAGCUGCGAGCACUUCUGGUCCGACGGACAGCCUAUUCACUUUCAGCUGUUUACCAUUAACAACCCAACGGUCUGAUCCGAUCAUAUCUCCGGGAAAGCCUUCCUCACACACGCACGUCGUUGUAGGGGGCACGGCUUUUCAGAGGCUGAUGACAACCGAGACUGCUAAAAAUGCCAACGACACAACCUGUGAGGUUGCGCUAGACCGGAGCAAUUACUGGAUCCCACAAUUAUAUCAUCAGACGCGAGAUGGGUUUGAAACAAUCAAAUUUGAGAACAGCGCAAUAUAUUAUUUCAGUAGAGCAUGCGAUUAUUCCCCCAACGCAACAUCUUGCGAUGAUGCAGAAUACCCGCUGGCGCCACCCCCCGGGCUGCGCAUGGUUGCUGGGGAUUUAUUUCUCCGAACGUAUAACGAGACGAACUUCGCACAGCGGGCCAUCUCCCACAUGUGUAUAAAGGAUGAUGGAACUUCAAGCGAAACAAAACAUCUUCCCCAGCAACCAUGUCUGAAAUUGAGAUCGCAAGUAUUUUUUCCCUCAUGCUGGGAUGGGAAAGCUCUCGAUAGUCCAGACCACCAGAGCCACAUGGCCUAUCCCGCGGUUGGGGAUUAUAAUCAGGGUGUUUGCCCGGAGACCCAUCCGGUGGCUGUGUAUUCGAUAUUUAUGGAAUUUUUCUUCAACACGGAGCCGUUUCCAGACCAUGAGAAUUGGGUGUACGCUAUGGGCGACCCAACAGGAUAUGGUCUGCAUGGAGACUUUCUCAACGGCUGGACAGACCAGAACGCACUGCAGAACGCUAUGGCGACAUGUACGGGCCUGGAUGGGCUAAACGAUCCGGAAUGUUCGAUCACAAACAACCAAACAAGGGCACUGGCUCCAAUUACACAUUCUUUGGAUGUACCUCCACCGUUGGAGCAAUUGGGACAGCAUGGGCCUCUUGCUAAAUUACCAGGGAAUAACCCGAUAACAGGAUCCCACGAGCGGUAG